ACUCUAGCAAUCCCACCAUCAUGUCCACUGUGCUUGCCACUACCGUGCCCCGGAAGACGGCAGCUCGUUUGCCAAAGCCUGCCGCGCGAUACUGGAAAGGAAAGGCCCCGAAGGGUGCAGGCGAGCCACCAUCAGACUCCGACGCAGAGGAGGAAGAGGAGGAAGAGCAGCUCGAGGAGGGAGAUGAGGCCGUAGAGGACAUUGGGGAGGAAGGCCUUGAGGUACGACAGCAAGCUCCGAAGGUCCCGGGUAGGGGUAUCAAUGUCACAUUGAGGGAUGUCAACAUCUCGAAGGAGGGAAAGGUUAUUGUCGCGGGCAGGGAAGAGGUUGGACGCACGGAAGCGGAGCUCGAGGAGUCCGAAGAGGAGGAGGAGGAGAAGGAGGAAGAGGAGGAGGAGGAGGCCAAGCCUGGCGAGGAAGAGUCUAGCGAAUACGAGACCGAAUCCGAGUCUGAGGAGGAGCCGCCGAAACCUCAGUUUAGACCUGUAUUCAUCCCAAAACGCGCUCGUGUGACCGUUGCCGAGAAGGAAGCUCUGGCACAGGACACGGAGGAAGCCGUCAAGCGGAAGGAAGAAGAAGCCGAAGAGCGACGGAAACAGAGUCACAACAUGGUUGCAGAAAGCAUUAAACGGGAACUACAAGAAAAGGAGAAAGAGGCGGAGGUCCCUGAUGUUGAUGACAUUGACGGCCUGGAACCUGAGGGCGAGUUUGAAGCAUGGCGACUGCGCGAGCUAGCUCGUAUCAAGCGUGAUAAAGAGGAGUCUGUCCGCAGAGAGCUCGAGCGCGAAGAGAUUGAACGCCGAAGAGCCUUGCCAGAGGAGCAAAGACUUAAGGAGGACCUCGAGCACGCUGAGAAGAGUAGAAAAGAGAAGCCAAAGGGACAGCAAAAGUUCCUCCAGAAGUAUUGGCAUAAGGGUGCAUUCCACCAGGAUGAAGAGAUUCUCGAGAGGCAUGACUUCACGGAAGCUACUGAGUCUACGGUAGACAUCUCGCUGUUGCCGAAGGUCAUGCAAGUCAAGAAUUUCGGAAAACGCGGACGCACCAAGUACACACAUUUGUUGGACCAGGAUACAAGUGUUACCACUGGCGGUAUCAGUGGCGCCGGUUCGGCACGACCGAGCGGCAAGCCUGACAUUGUGUGCUUCCAGUGCGGGGGCCCGCAUGUCAAGAAAGACUGCCCGCAGAACACUGGCCCGCUUAAGGUUGGCACGGGCGCAAACAGCACCGUGCCCGGCGAGCGCAAGUGGGGGCCGCGUAACGAUCGCGAAGAUCGCAGGGACUCGUGGCGCGACCGCGACCGCGACGACGGGUACCGCCGACCACGCGACGGCCAUGACGACGACCGCGACAGGCGGCGGGCCGAGCGGCAUGACCGACACGAUGAUCGAGUUCGGCGCAGAGACCACGAUGACCGCCGAGACGAUCAUGAUCGCUGGCGCGAGAAAAGCGACAGCUACGGCUCGCGACGGAGAAGUCAGUCGCCCCGGAGAGAGACGUGGCGAGACGAAAAUUCACGGCGGGAUAAGCACCGGCCGAGAGACAGCUCUGUCGAACACGACCGUGAGGAGAAGCGGCGGAGAAUUGACUAAGCUAACUUCAUGUACCUGUACGUUUUCGCGCGGUUAUGUUUGGUUCGUUGUCUCACGGCUCGCUACACUCACUGGCACCACUGAGAUGAUUGAGACAUACCCUGCUUGGCGUGAAACGCUCAACAACGACGGAAAUGCCGUUUGUGUUGUGGGCGCUAUUCACUCCGCGUUGAAGCUGUGGCCAUUAUUCAGGCUUUGUUUCCCGCGUUUAAACC